AUGGCUGCUUUCAAUAGAUUUCUAGUUGGCAUUGUCAUAGUAUUCUUGGCUUAUUCUCCCUCUUCCUCUGCAUUACACUUUCUGUUGAUUCAUGGUAGCGGUCAUGGGGCAUGGUGUUGGUAUAAGUUGGCGACUUUGCUGGAGCAAAAGGGCCACAAUGUCACGGCUUUGGAUUUAGCCUAUUCUGGGAGAAAUCAAGUGCCACUCGAAAGAGUGCACACCUUUGAUGAAUACCAUAAACCUCUAUCCGAAUACAUGAAGUCUUUAUCUCCUGAGGAUAAGGUAGUCCUCGUUGGCCACAGCUAUGGUGGUUAUGGUGUUUCCUGGGUCAUGGAAAGGUUUCCAGAAAAGGUUCUUGGUGGCGUUUUUGCUUCAGCCUUCAUGGUGGGGCCUAACUUUACACUAGAGGACACUAACAAGCUGCUUCCACGGCCAGAUCAACUAGAUGACAGUUUCGUUAUUGGAGAUCCUAUAAGAAUUGUGCUCAUUGGGCCCCACUUUGCAGCAACCCUGCUCUACCAGAAUUCUCCGCCAGAGGAUCUGAAACUUGCAAAUUAUUCUUUAAGAUUAACUCAGUUCUUCUAUGGAGAUGUGGUAAAUAGACAAAUUCGGGUUACAAAAGAGAGGUAUGGAUCAGUUCCUCGAGCCUAUGUUAUUGACUUGGAGGAUAAGCUAAUUACUCCUGAAGCGCAAAGGCUUAUGAUAGCGAGGACUCCUCCACAAGUGGUGAGGCAAAUCCGAGGGGCAGACCAUAUGGUUCAGUUUUCUAAACCUCGAGAAUUUGCCAACAAUUUGAUUGAAAUAGGUGGGUUGUUUGAGUCGUUUGAUCAGGAAGGCAAACCAUAUGCUCUCUAA